CAUGCUGGAAGAACUGCAGGGAAAAAAAGAGGGAGGGGGAAUCAGCAGAACUAAGAUGUUGGUGUAGACUUGCUCUAGUGAUUAUCCUAACCGGCUUUCAGCAGAGUCCCGCUGGAUAGCUCCAAGAGACAUUCCCACAGGACACUUUCUCUGGUGGCAGAAACUUGACGAGGAAGAGAACGCCGAGUAAUCUCAUCGAUCUUUUAAUAUUCUUCAUUCCUUGGUAUUAUAGAACGCAUGAAAACUACAGUGAAUUUUUCAGUGCUUAAGACUAUGGUUACAAAAUCUCUUUCAAACCUUUCCCUGCAAACCGACGAAAAUGAGAGCAGCUUGAUUCCGGAGGUCUUAGAGGCAGAUUCCUUGCCUUCCUCAGAACAGGGCACCAUUGAAUUCGUUAUCCGCUGCGUGAUUCCGUCGCUGUACCUGCUUAUUAUCACAGUGGGUUUGCUGGGCAAUAUUACUCUAAUGAAGAUCUUCAUCACUAAUAGUUCCAUGAGAAGCGUUCCUAACAUCUUUAUCUCUAGUCUAGCAGCUGGGGAUCUGCUGCUUCUCGUGACCUGCGUGCCGGUGGAUGCCUCUCGCUACUUCUUUGAAGAAUGGAUGUUUGGGAAAGUGGGCUGCAAACUUAUUCCCGCCAUACAGCUUACCUCAGUGGGAGUUUCUGUGUUCACUCUAACCGCGCUUAGUGCAGACAGAUAUAAAGCCAUUGUGAAUCCUAUGGAUAUCCAGACAUCAGGGGCAGUUCUGUGGACCUGUAUGAAAGCUAUUGGCAUAUGGAUAAUUUCAGUGUUGUUAGCAGUUCCUGAAGCAGUGUUCUCUGAAGUGACCCAUAUCAGUAGUGUGGAUAAUGGCAGCUUUAUAGCAUGUAUGCCAUACCCACAAACUAAUGAAUUACAUCCAAAGAUCCACUCAGUGAUGAUUUUCUUGGUCUAUUUCCUUAUACCUCUUAUCAUCAUAAGUAUUUAUUAUUAUCACAUUGCAAAAACAUUAAUCAAAAGUGCACACAACAUACCUGGAGAGUACAAUGAACAUUCUAAAAAGCAGAUGGAAACACGAAAACGCCUGGCUAAAAUUGUCCUGGUCUUUGUAGGCUGCUUUGUGCUCUGUUGGUUUCCAAAUCAUGUGCUCUACAUGUAUCGAUCUUUUAACUACAAAGAGAUUGAUCCAUCCCUUGGCCACAUGAUCAUCACCUUAGUGGCCCGGGUGUUGAGUUUCUGCAACUCUUGUGUCAAUCCAUUUGCUCUUUACCUGCUCAGCGAGACCUUCAGGAGACACUUCAAUAGUCAGCUUUGUUGUGGGAGGAGGGCUUACCAAGAGAGAUCUACCAGCUACCUGCUUAGCUCCUCUGCUGUGCGAAUGACUUCUCUGAAAAGCAAUGCUAAGAACACAGUGACCAAUUCUGCCUUCCUGAAUGGGCACAGCAUGAAGCAGGAAAUGAAUCUGUGAUUCCAGUCAUUUGAUUCACUAUCUUGAAAGAACCCACUCUUUCUAUAUCUUUGCUGAGCUGAGCAGAACUAAACAAUUCAUUCCUUCUUCCUAUGUUCUUUCAGCUAGUUCAUUAGAGGAUCACUGUUGACUCAGAAAAGGCAAGACAAACAAGACAAGUAUUUUCUUUUGAAUGAGUCCUUUAAUUACAUUCAACACAUGGAUUGCCCCCAUAAAGACUGAAAAGCAGUCUAAAACAUCUUCUGUGCUCCCCACACAAAGAAUGCCCUAGCUUAAUAUAUUACAAAUUACAAACCAUAGGAUUUAAGCUAUUGUUACAACUGACUGCAGAAUAUUUUUCUUAGAAAUGUGACAUGAAUUUCUAUAUUGCUUAAGAUAUUCCAUAGAGGUUGUAUGAUACUGAGAUUUUUUUUUCAGAGACUUGCCAUUUUUAGCAGAGGCUACAUUUACAGAUGUUUACUUUGUGACCUUUUUCUUCAAAUGGUGCCUAUAUAUACAAAAUGAAAGUUAUUUCAAAAUUUGGAACCAACUUCUAAAUCGUGCUAAUAGCUAUUGAAAAUUCAGUGAAUGUGUCAGCAUAAGACAGGUCCCUGAACUUUAGAAUGUCAACUUCUAAGAUGAUAUGAUGAGGUUUUUUUAAACACAGUGAACAACAAUAACAAUCCAUUAAACAAUGUAAUAACAUAAUGGUUAGAACCAUUUAUCCUAAACAAUAGAAUUGUUUGGUGAUGAUUUUUCCCCACGGGUAUGAUCAAAUCAAUAUACUUUGUUCUCUUACAACUAUAGUUACGGGGGCUCUGCAAUUCAUGUCACUUUCUGAACAACAACAAUAACAACAGCAACAAGAAAGAUUUAAAAAAUCUAAUUCAUUUUAUGAUUCACAUCUCAUAGGAUCCUAGAUUUAGAGGUAGAAAGGAUUUUAGAGGCCAUCUAGUACAAUUUCUGAGACCCAGAGAGACUAAAUGACUUUAUACAAGGUCAGAUAAAGAUUUAAAACUUAAGCUUUCUCCUUCCAUAUUGAGAAUGCUGUCCACAAUACCAUAUUAUCUCACAAUAUGCUGUGGGAAUUGCCAUCAUUUUCCCCCUCAAUUUAGGAACAGAUCUAGUUUUAAUUAAAUGAUCCAGUCUGCAAUUAUGAAUCAGAAAACCUUGCCUUUGAGUCAACCCAUUUUAAACCAUUGCUAUUUUGAAAUGACAUAUCAUAGAAGUGAGUUAUAUUAUUUAGGUAGUAAAGAUGACAAUACUAAAGGUUGUAGGGCAAAUGGUAACACCCAGUGGCUCUAGAAAUCAGAUGAAAUGCUAUUGACUUUUAUCUCAUUCAAACAUUUCAAGUGAGGAACUAAACUAUCUCACAAAGUAUUUGAUAUUGAUAUAAUUCUAAUUGUAAGUUCUUCCUUAUAUUGAGCUGAAAUCUUGCUAUUUAUAAUUUUCACUAAUAGAUUUUAGUUUUGUCUUGUGUGUAUAUAUAUAUGUAUAUAUGUAUAUAUAUCUGUUUGUGUGUGUAUAUAUAUAUGCACCUACACUUGAGUUCAAAAAAGCCACUACAAAACUACAGAAUUAGAGAUGUCUGCUAUGUAUAUUAUUUCCUUUUUUGAUCACCAUAAAUUCUUAAGGUUAAGUGCUUUUUUUUCCUCUUCAGAUGCCUGAAAUUUCUCUUUUGACCAGUCAAUUGUUCAUUAGUCAGAAUUAAUUCCAGAAUAACAUUUCAAUAAAGUCUUUUACUUUGUGGGAACUAAAAUUGUUAUGUAGAAGGAUGCAUUUCAUAAUGUGUUUUUGUGGAAUCAUAUUUUUGGCAGAUAUCUUUGUAGUUUAAAUUCCUUAUCACUACUAUUUUUGACUGUUAUACCAGUUCUGUGGUAUAUAUCAAUAAUUUACCAAACAUGUUCUUCAGUGUCAAGGUGGUCUAGAUUAUAUUUCCAUGAAAUACUUUUUUUCUUUUCUUAUAUUGUUAUCUAAAUAUUUGCUACCAUAUUGUAACUCCUUGUCAAUUUAGAUAGAUAUAAACUUUGAACAACAAUCCUGCUCUACUGCCUUUUAAAUUGGUUCUGUUGUUUAAAAAAUUCAAUCCAAAAAUUAUUAAUUAAGUGGCUGCUACAUAAAAAACACUUUCCUAAGCACUGGAAUACAAAGACAAAAAUGAAAUUGUCCCUGAAAUUGACAUAUUACUGUCUUGACUUCUUUCCCAACAAGGUUCAACAAUACAGAU